UCUUAUUUUAUAAAUGAAUAAUAGAUUCAAAACAUAUAUAGUCAAAACUAUAUAAAGUUUUAAAUUUAAUCAUGAGAAAUCACAGAGGCUAGAUGAUCAAUGAUUUUUGUAUUAUUUGCGGAUUUAAGUUUCUUUAUGGUCCAGACUUCUGAGCAACUGCAAUAUGUAUCGAGCAGAGUAUUUUACAAAAUUCUUGAAUAAAUUAUCCAUGUGACGAAUUCCUUAUAAGACGAAAUUUCAUUACAUUUUCACCUCUCUCCAGCAAUCAAGAUACCUCGGAAACAUGGAUUAUUUAGUAGCUCUGGUUGCAGCUCUGGUAGCAGCUCUGGUUGCAGCUCUGUAUUAUCUAGCAGCUCUAGUUGCAGCUCUGGUAGCAGCUCUGGUGGGAGCUCUGGUAGCACCUCUGGUACUGGGUUUCACAGAUCAAUUUGUUAGAGAGUUUGCUACACGUGCAUUCGACUAUGCAGCCCCAGCAGCUUGGGAUUUUUGUAAAGCUUCCUUUGAAAGAAUGUUCAGACAGGCGAGAGAAGAUCCAUGGCGACAACUUCUGCCUGCAGACCAUUUAAAUUCAUACCUACUCCAGACAAAAAGCGGAAGUCAUGCAGAGAUUUUAACUGUCCAUGUGCGCAGAAAUGUGUCAAAUAUUGAAGAGGCAAGGCGGGCAAACCUUUAUGUGAAGUCUAAUAUUCGGCAUUUAGUGUUAAGCUGGGAGAACAAUGAAGAUGAAAGGGGAGAUGGAGAAUAUAAAGAUGAGGAUGUGAUGAACGGAUUGGAAGCUCACCCAAAUUUAAAAGAAUUGACUGUUGAAGGCUUUAUGGGGAAGAAUCUUGCAUCAUGGAUUACAAAGAUGAACAAUUUGGUCAAAAUCACCUUGAAAGACUGCAACAGGUGUGAAGUACUUCCACCACUUUCUAGAAUUGAGAGUUUGGAAAUCAAGAACUGUCUGAGGUUGAGAAAGAUCCCGGAUAGUUGUUGCAGAGCCUUGAAGGAAGUUAUCAUUGGAAAUAUGGAGAGCACCAUGAUACUAGAAACUAUCAGCAAAAAUGCUAGCUCACUCACCACUUUAAAGCUGGGAGGAGGUAAAUCAUGUCGUUCUACUUCUUCUUCUUAUUAUUCUUCAGACAUGGAAUCUAUAAUUAACGUGCUGCUAAGAAGCAAUUCGCUGUCUUUGAGCACAUUAGAACUAAUUGAAUGCAAGAGUGUGCAACGACUAACUGUUGGUGUCUCUCUUGAACGGUUAUGGGUUUAUGAUUGCCCUAAUUUAAUGAGCAUUAAACUAGAUGAUGAAGGAUCAGCUGGUCUCAAAUCUCUUUCAGUCAGAAAAUGCUCCUCCUCUCUUUUAAAUACGGUAUCUGCCCAAAUCCAGAGUUCCACACUUGAAAGAUUGAAAUUAGGCCCCUUCUUGGGGAACAUAGAUGAAUUUCCAUGGCCAUUCUCUUCUUCUUCAAAUUCAUUUCCCAACCUAGAUUCACUGGAAUUGUUUGGAUGGGAUAAGGUAAAGUCAAGACCGCUCUUUGAGCAACUUCAGUCCACCUUCCCUCGAUUGAAGGAAUUGAUUAUAAAUAAUUUCAAACAAGUGAAAGAUCUCCCUGAUUUAAUAUCCAGACUUCUAUUCCUCGAGAAAUUAAUAAUUUUGGAUUGCAAUAAUUUGGAUUGUUUGCCCAAGUUUGAAGAAUCGCAUAGGCUUCAACUACUGAAGAUAAUUCGUUGUCCAAGCUUGAGAGAGAGAUGCAUGAAGGACAGUGGACCAGAAUGGUUCAAGAUUAAGCAUAUUCCAAUUAUAAAAUGGGAAUGAAAGAAGUUGGCGUGAACAGUUCAACAAUCUAGAAAUACAACUGAUAUUAUUGUAUCUAUGGAUGCUGACUGAAUUAUGCAUUGUUGCUGCUAGGUGCUUACAUGUUCAGUGUUCACUAGCUACGGUAUUUUCUUUCCUGUUUUUUUUUUUUUUUUUUUUUUUGUGCCAAGUCUAUCAACUGUAAUAUCAUUUCAAAUUUUCAUUGCUAUUGUUGCCAGAAGCUUGAGGGACUGAUUUAAAUUUUGAAUAUGUUGUUAUUGACUUAUUGAGUUAUUUGGCUUUACUGGUCAUAGUAAAUUUGCAUUUGCACAUUAUCUUAAUAUUAAUCAUGAAUAUAAGUUUCCGGUGAAAUGUGUAGACACCAUAGGCCUGCUCCAUUUCACCAUUUGUUCUUCUAUCUCCUUGUUUCUGGCUAAAUUAAUAUGCUUACAAUCUGUUGUAUGAAAGAAUAUAGCCCCUGUGUUUCAGGAUAUUGAUAUUUAAGUAUUUUUUCAAUUAAAAUUUAGGUAUUUUUGUCCAUGCCCUUCCUAUUAUAAAAAUAACAUACAAUUAAACAAGACUUACUUGUGGGACUAAAUUAAUAAAUCAGUCCCAUAUAUUGCAUUUGGUCUAAUAAGAAAUUUCCUCAUAUCUUUUAUUUUGCCAUGUUAUUUCCUUAUAUUAUUGUUGUCCGUGCUUGUCAAAGCCAAAAUUCCAUUUUGCUUUAGUCCCAAUUUCGCCAGUUGGAAAUAUCCUCAUAUCUUUCUUUUCUUUUGUGUUGUUGGUGCUUGUGGAGCGUGUGAAUAGUGUAUAACUUAUUUGCUUGAAGAUAGUUUUGCUUGAGAUUUCAGCUUCGAAUGCUCAGAAACAGAAAUGGUGAUAUCAUCUAAGCACACUUGAUACAUUUUUGUGUUCUUGUUUAUUUGUUUGAUGUACUAGUUAUUAGGUUAAUUAUAUCAAGAAAUAGAAGAAGACUAUGGCAAUAUAGAUGCAUUAUAAAAGAGCUACAUGUGCUAAAACCUAUGUUACCCGGACUCGGCUAAAAGUGUCCAACAUGGAUACGUGUCCGAGUGUCGGACUCGGCAAUAUUUUGAAAAUUUUACACGUUUUUGGCCUAAAAUAAGUGUCUGAGUGUCAAUACCCAUGUCCGAGUGUUGAGUGUCCGACACGGGUACUCGAAGAAAAAUGAAGUGUCGGAGUAACAUAGGCUAAAACACGAGAAAGCAGAAGAUGAGUAACAUAAUAUUAAAAUAAGUUGUUUGAAUGCCAGCCUCUCUCAGUUCAACUUCAACUAUCAUCCUAAAAAAGAAAAGUAGAUCAUUAAUAUUAGAGAUACUGGUAUCAUUAAUAUCGAUUUCUGUAUUGAUUGAGUCCAAAUAUUAAAAAAAAACACUCAUAAAAUAUUUGGCACGUAUAAUUGUAAAAGCUUUAGGUCAUUUAUUUAUAUCUGAUUUGGAUUUUGGAAGUAAAAUAUGACACAAGUGUAGUUGUUAGGGAAAUGUUGCUUUCAGAGUUUUUGACACUAUUUGGGAGGAGGGAUCAGGGUAAUGUACAAGGCAAGCUACUGCAACUUCAAAUGCAGAGCGACGCCAUCCCUAAAUAAAGGGAUAGAGAGAGGUUGACUAGGCUGCAAACGCUGCCUUGCUUUGUUGUGAGUAGACAUCAAUAUUGUCAUGUUCUUUGGAAGGAUCGAACAAUCUCAGAGGUUUCCUUAAUAUUUAUGGCCUUAGUGAUGUUGCAAAUACAGAAGAAGCAAACAAGGCAAAACUUUAUGAGAAGUCUUAUAUUCAGUGCUUACUGUUAAGCUGGAGGAACAAAGAAGAAAGGGGAGACAUAGAAUAUAACGAUGAUGGUGAAAGGGAGGGAUUAAAACCUUAUCUAUAUCUGAAGCAAUUAAAUGUUAAAAGUUUCGAGUUCAGUGACCAAAUAAUCUCAUGGUGCAACUCUUGGAAGUUGGAACUGUAGGAUGACCGAUGCAGAAGUCAUGCUUACGGAUAGCCGAAUUAUACCAGUGAUCAAUACAAGAAAAGAUGGGCGAGGCUAUUGUAGCUGAUUUGGCUGGCGGAUUGCUGGGCAAGGUUGUUUCACUUGCAGCAGAAGAAGUUGUCCAGGCCUGGAAUUUUCAUGAAGAUCUCGACACACUUUACGAGCGCAUGGAAUCAGUGGGGGCUCUCUUGUACGAUGCUCAUAACAAGAAGUUAAUCAUGUCUACUGCCAAGAACUGGUUUGACAAGCUUGAAGCUGUUGCUAAUGUUGCUAAUGUAUUUAUGGAUGAACUUGCAUAUGAAGUCAUAUGAACUGGAUUUCUUUGCUCCUUCCAAGAACACCUUAUUGUAUCGUCUCAAGGUAGCUCAUAAAAUCAAGUCCAUUCAAGCUUCCUUUGAUAAAAUUUUCAAAAUGGCGGUAGAUCUGGGACUACAGCCUGUGGCUUAUUUAGGGUCAACGGUGCAAGAUGGAGACAUCCGCAGCACCCCUUCCUAUGAAGACAAGUCAAUAAUAGUUGGACGAGAUGAAGAUGUAUCGUACCUAGUUCAAACAGUGUGCAAAAAACAUGAAGAGGAUUUACAAGUCCUUGUUGUAGCGGGAAUGGGAGGUCAAGGCAAGACAACUCUUGCUCGUAUGGUUUUCAAUAGUGAUCAUGUCAUUACCAGGUUCCCGGAUCAGAGGAUGUGGAUUACUGUAUCAGAUGACUUUGACUUCAUUAAGAUUUUAAAUCAGAUGGUAGAAUCACUUACUUUAACCAACUUGGGGUUGACAAAUCCACAAGCACUUACCCGUAAGCUUCAGGAGAGUCUAAAGGGAAAAAAGUUUCUGCUCAUACUUGAUGAUGUCUGGAAUGAAGAAUCGGUGAAGUGGGAUAACCUGAGAAAUUCUUUGCUUGAAAUUGGUGGUGACAAAGGAAGCUGUAUUCUGGUUACCACCCGUAAACAAGAGGUCAUUGAUGCCAUGAGAAGUUGUGUGUCUUAUUGGCUGGAAAUAUUAACAGAGGAUGAAAGUUAUGAACUGUUCAAGAAAAUAGCAUUUUCAGAUGGAGGAUUUUUAGAGACUGAGGCAUUUGCGACCUUCGGGAGAAGCAUGGUGAAAAGGUGUGGUGGCCUACCUCUGGCAAUAAAGGCAUUGGCUGGGUUAUUAUACUCGAAAAAGUCUGAGCAAGAAUGGUUGGAGAUCCAAUGCAGUGAAACAUGGGAAUCAAAAAGUGUAUUGCCUUCCUUGAAGUUAUCGUAUGAUAAUUUACCUUCUUUGUCAUUGAAACGAUGUUUUGCAUAUUGCUCUAUUAUGCCAAAGAAUUCAUUCAUCUAUAAGGAUGAACUGAUACAGAUAUGGUUGGCAUUAGGGUUCCUCCUGCCCCCAAGAAGAAGUAUUGCACUGACGGAAGAUAUUGGCAGCAAAUACUUCAAAAUUCUGUUGGGAAAUUCUUUGUUACAAGACGAAGAAAAGGAUGAAUGUGGGAACAUCAUCAGAUGCAAGAUGCAUGAUCUAGUGCAUGAUCUUGCACUAGAAGUAUCUAAACAUCACUCGGUAUCUGUGAAGGCAGGUGAAGAGCUGAGUCAUGAUUGCAAGGCUGUAUACAUGAGGCUUGAUAACAGGGUUUCAAAUAUCAAACCAACAAUUCUGAAGAGAGCCUUUGAGAGAGUACAAGUAUUAUAUGCAGGGGCAGAUAUCCUUCUUCAUGUGUUACCUUAUCUCACACACCUGACUGUUCUGGUGUUAAAUGCGGAUGAUAAUCAGGUUGCCCAGGAGUUGCCAUUUUCGCUGCGCAAGAUGAAAUAUCUUAAACAUCUCGAUAUUUCACGCUGCCACUCUAGAUUGCCUACUGACAUCACAGAACUGUACAACUUGCAGACACUGAGAGUUUGGAACUUAGAUGAGUUUCCAAAAAGGUUUAGCAACUUGAUUAAUCUGAGACAUUUGUACAUUACUUACAUACUUUGUAAAAAGUGCAAGUUUAAUGGGAUAGAAAGGUUGACGAGUCUGCAAACCCUUCCUUUCUUUGUUGUGAGUAAAGAUCAAAACUGUCUUCUUGGACAACUGGGAGGGUUGAAAAAUCUUAGAGGUGAGGUUACACUCUAUGGCCUUUACGAGGUGGCAAAUAUUGAAGAAGCAAGAAAAGCAAAGCUUUGUGAGAAGUCCAGAAUUCAGUCUUUACAUUUGAACUGGAGAUAUACUGAAGUUGGUAAGGAAGGCAAAAUGAAAGACAGAGAAUACAACGACCAGGAUGUGAUGGAAGGAUUGGAACCUCAUCCAAAUCUGAAAACAUUAACGAUUGUCGGUUUUGAAGGAAAGAAGUUUGCAUCUUGGAUUACAAUGAUGCUGAACUUGGUGAAAAUCACAUUGAUAUACUGCAACCGAUGUGAAGUACUUCCACCACUUGGUCAACUUCCCAAAUUGAGGGAGAUAAGGAUUGAUGGGAUGGGAAAUGUUAGGGUUGUGGGAGAUGCUUUUUGGGGUGGCCAAAGUGUAUUUCCUCAACUUGAGAGGUUGAAAAUUGCUAAUUGUCGAAGGUUGAGAAAGAUACUGCCUUGUUGUUUUCCGUCAUUGAAACAACUCCACUUUCAUUAUUUGCCAAAUCUAGAAGAAUGGGAAGCAGCAGUUAUAAGCAGUUGUUCUCAAAGUGAAUUUCCUAAACUUGAGAGGUUGGAAAUUCUGGGUUGUCCAAGGUUGAGAAAUAUCCAGAAAAGUUAUUUUCCGUCCUUGAAGAAGUUGAAAAUUUAUGAUUCGUUCAGUGAAAUGUUGGGAACUAUGAGCAGAGAUGUUAGCUCACUAACCUCUCUACCGCUUACGAGUAUGGGUGACGGAGGAGGAGACUCAUCUUCGUUUUCGAUCAUAGAAUCCCUGAUUAACGAUUCUUUGUCUUUGACCGAAUUAGAUCUAAUUCAUUGCCAGGGCUUAAAAUGUUUGACCCUUGGUAGCUCCCUUGAAUACUUAAAGAUCGAUGAUUGCCCGCAUCUAAGUAGUAUAAAUUUGGUUGAAGGGUCAGCUGGUCUCACAUCUAUUGGGAUUCGGAAACUACCCCCCUCUCUUCUAGAUGGGAUAUUUGCCCAAAUUCAGAGUUCCAGGCUUAAAUAUCUGAGAUUGGGUCCCUUGUCAGAAUUGGAUUAUAUUCGGUGGCCAUUCUCUUCUUCUUCUUCUUCUUCUAACCUAAUUCAGCUAAGACUGUAUGGGUGGGAAGAGGAUAAGUCAUUAGCGCUCUUUGAGCAACUCCCGUUCAACGCCUAUCCUGCGUUGACUGACUUGACUUUACAAUAUUUCAAAGGAGUGAAAGCUCUUCCGGAUUCAAUAGCGAAGCUUCCAUCUCUCCGGAGAUUAAGAAUUGAGGAUUGUUAUAAUUUGGAGAGUUUGCCUGCAUUUGAAGAAUCACAUACCCUUCAAUUACUGUAUAUAGUUGGGUGUCCUGUUCUGAGACAAAGAUGCCGUAAGGGUCAAGGGCCAGAAUGGUUCAAAAUUCAAUACGUUCCAACAAUAAUUUGGAAUCGUCCGGGGUGCCAGACUAGCAGUAGCUUGGUGAAUGGUGAUCGACUCUACUCCAUCUUCCCUGCCUUGACUGAUUUGUAUGUAGUAAACUUGAAGAAGAGAAAGCUCUCCCGAGUUCAAUAGCAAACCUUAUAUUGCUCACGCAGCUAGUUAUCUGGAAUUCGGAGAAUUUGGAGAGUUUGUCCAUGUUUGAGAACCAUGGGAAUUUGCCAAUUCUGAAAGAAUGAUACACGGAAGAGAGAAUGAUAAUCUAUAGUGCAUCUUAGUGACUUGCUGUACAUCUUACUUUUCAGGGAAAUACUCUAUUGUUGCCUCGAAGUAUUUAUGCUCUCUCAUAGUUCUUUAUUAUAUUUUUGUGUCUUCUGGGAUCAAUGAUCAAAUAAUAGUCAGGUUUAAUGAUCUAAUAUGCUUACAUCUCAUGGCAUAAUUGAUGCAGAAAUCAAGCCUAUUUUGUAGUGUUCCUAUUUUGACAAUUUCGUUUGGCCAAAUGAGCUGCGUUGUCACGAGUAUUGUUUACAUAA